CGCCUGCCUAUAUAAGAAAGGGAAAGUUUUCUAAGAUUCAAGCAAAAACAAAGUGUCCAGAGACUAAAAGCAGACAAGAAGAAGCAUCGUUUUCCUGUGCGUAAAACUUAAUAAAAGUGCCAAAAGAUGGAAAAGUCGGUGAGGUUCGCCGUGGUGUGCGUCGGAGUGUCUCUGCUCAUCUCAUGCCAGCCGGUCCAAGCCUGGUACAAGCAGGUGACCGGACCCAGCUACUACUCUGUGGGCCGCGCCUCCGGGCUCCUGUCCGGCAUCAGGAGGUCUCCCUAUGUCCGGAGAGCAGAGACCGAGGACACGGUGAUGGACAGCGGGGAGGCGGCGGGGGGCAACGCGAUCCAAGACACCAACAGGCAGAUCUCCGUCCUGAAGAACAUGGCCAUCUGUCUGAAGGACAUCUCUCCAAACCUGAAGAGCUGCGAGCUGCUGCAGGAUGGGACUGGCACCUUCCAGUGCAAGGCAGAUGUCUUCCUCACUCUGGACUCCUUGGACUGCCUGUCUGCAUGAGUCCCUGUAAAUCCUCCUCAUCACCCUCUUAAAAAAAACAUUAAAAAAGAUAUAUAGAGAAAAGCAGAUAGAGAUCAAAACAGAGAUGAUGGAUAGACAGAGAUGGGUUUUGAUAACAGAGUGUGUGGCUGAAUAUUCUCUCUUUUAUUUUAAAGUGAAAAAAAAAAUUUUUCAAUUUUGCUUUGGAUGUGUAGAAGAAAAAAAAUAUGUAAACAAGGAAAAAAAUAAAGCCAAAAGUUAGUCAAAGCCAUUUCAUCCCUUGUAUACACCAAAAAUGUUCAGAAAUGUCCCCAAGUUUCUCUGCAGUUUUCAAGAAUUCCUGUAAAUGACUUUUAUUUAUUUAUCUAUUAAAAUGAACAAAUAAUAUUAA